CCUCAUCCCUGCUCGUCGCGUCCAUCCCAUCUGAAUUCCAAACCUCUUCUCUUGCAGGAAGGAAAUAAGGAUCACCAAAACUCGUAGCUUUGAUUUGCCAGCGAGAAGACAGGAGCAGCUAGCUGCAAUAGGAUCGAACGAUCAGCAGUUGAGCACGCACGACAUGGAGCUGGAGCUCGGGCUGGCGCCACCGAACGCGCACCAUCAUCCCAUGAUCAACAACCACCUCGCCGACGAACUCAGCAGCAGCUCGUCGGAUUCUUCUGGCCGUGGGAAGAGAGGGUUCAGGGAGGCGUUCCAGCAGGAGACGCUGCUGCCGCUUUUCGACGACGGCUCGUGCAGGAAGAACAAGAAGCCGCUGGUUGGGUGGCCGCCGGUGAGCUCUGCGCGCAGCAGGGCGGGCGCCGGCGCCAACUACGUGAAGGUGAAGAAGGAAGGGGACGCCAUCGGCAGGAAGGUGGACCUGUCGCUCCAUAACUCCUACGAUGAGCUCCUCGCCACGCUCGGCCGCAUGUUCCCGACCACCAGCAACCAAGACGGCAAGGAAAUCAACAGCUCCACCAGCCAUGUGGUGGUCACCUACGAGGAUGGAGAAUGGGACUGGAUGCUCGUUGGAGAUGUGCCAUGGGAUGAUUUUGCACGAUCCGUCAAACGCCUUAAGAUAUUGGGAUGACUACACAUCUCACUGCACUGAUGUACAUGUUUAUCAGCCUUUUCUUUUCUGGUUUCAAAAGCAUGGUGUUGACUGUUAAGAGUCAAGGCAGUACUAGUAGGUUACGGGUUACUACCUCUUGUGAGUUGUGACAAUACGUAUACGACCAGGUCUUGUUUGUGAGAAUGUUCUCUUGGAGACUUGUCUUUGUGUUUUGCGCGGUUUAUGCUGCUGCUGAUCAUAUACUAUAUAUACAAAAAAAGAAAAGAUAUA